AGAAUUGGUGUGGGAUGAGUCAGUUCCACGCUGUAUCUGCAGCCCGCGCUGGCUGGUGAUGAGGAAGUGGCUCCUGUGCCGUACCAUCUCCGAGUCAUGCAGUCCGGAAUACGAACUGUAAUGGUGGUGAAGAGGAUUAGCUGCCUUCUGAGAUGGUCUUUAAAAGGAAGAAGUGCCACUCAACCAGUAGAAAACAAAUGAGUGUCAGGAGGAGACUUCUACCCAGAAUGAAGUGACAAAGCUCUUCCCAUCUAGAAAGUGGAAAAUCAGUUGUAAACAUACUUUAGAAUUGGGAGAAACAGUGCGUGUCCUACGUAGCUACGUGGAUUUGAGACCCCAGUAAGGAUGCAAUUGUGCUGUGAAUCUGUAAAUGGCUCUUGCAUAAGGAGCACCUGGUCAAACAGCAUCCGUAUCUCCAUGUACAUCUUCAUGGUUUGCAUUAUUCUGGCCACAGUGGUUGGAAAUCUGGCAGUUAUCAUCUCAAUAUCCCAUUUCAAGCAGCUCCACACGCCUACAAAUUUCUUGAUACUUUCAAUGGCUAUGGUAGACUUCCUGCUGGGAUUCUUCAUCAUGCCUUGCAGUAUGGUGCGCUCUGUUGAGCACUGCUGGUAUUUUGGGGAGUUCUUCUGCAAGAUCCACUCAAGUAUGGACAUUAUGCUGAGCACAGCUUCUAUCUUCCAUCUUUCCUUCAUAUCCAUUGACCGCUACUAUGCUGUGUGUGAUCCUUUAAGAUACAAAUCAAAGAUAAGUACUUUUGUCAUCAUGGUCAUGGUGUGCAUAAGCUGGAUGGUCCCUGCUGCUUUUGCUUUUGGGAUGAUCUUUCUAGACCUAAACUUGAAAGGGGCAGAAAAGAUUUAUAAUCAUGUUUACUGUGCAGGAGGAUGCUUUCUCAUUUUUAGUGAAACUUCAGGUAUUGUGGCCUCCACAGUGUCUUUUUACAUCCCUGGAUUUGUUAUGCUGUACAUCUAUAGGAAAAUAUACUCUGUAGCCAAGAAGCAGGCAAGAUCUAUCAAUGCAAUUAGCAGAAAAAAAAUGCAAUUUGAAAUGAAGCACCACAUUUCAUUCUGCAGAGAAAGGAAAGCUGCUAAGACUUUAGGCAUCAUAAUGGGAGCAUUUCUCAUCUGCUGGACUCCAUUCUUCUUCUUUACAGCUACCAAUCCAUUUAUGAAUUACGUGAUACCUCCUGUUCUCAUUGAUGCUUUGGUUUGGUUUGGCUAUUUAAACUCUACACUUAACCCAAUUGUUUAUGCAUUUUUUUACAUGUGGUUUCGCAGGGCAUUGAAGAUUAUUCUGUUUGGAAAAGUUUUUCAACAGGACUCUUCCAGGACUCAUUUGUUCUCAGACUAACAUGCUUAAAUGGUUGGAUUCAUGGCUUUGAACUUUUGCCUGGAGGUUGAACUCUUAGAUGUAAGAGUUGUGAAGGAAGGAAAUUCCUUCCAAAAUUUGUUUGCCUAUUUACCAAAUGUAGUUUAAGCAGAUAAGCAACUAUUGUGCUUUACGUAUUCUUUCAUUCCAGAUUAGAUUUUGUAUGUGGUGUUUUGAUUAUAACUAUUUAUUUGCAAUGCACAGAAAAGCAAGAGUUCCAUUUAAAAAAACUUACAGCAGUUUAUAUCCCAUAAUUAAAAUCUUCAUCAUUAAAAAAAUAUUCUGAUGCAACAGAUUAAUUUCUUGAACAUGUUUAUAUUACAGUAUUUGUGUUCAUUUGUGUUCUCCUCUAGAAAGAGCAGAGAAACUUUUCCUCUGGAUUUCUUGGCAUCUUUGUCUAAUAACCCAAAGCUCUCUAAGUUUUGUAUUUCCCCUUCCAUAUGUGUGCAGAGGUCAAAACAGGCCAAUAACCAGCCAUACCUGCACAGUCAAUGGAGGGAAGGUGAGAUGGAGAAAGGUUGUGUUGCUCUUUCUGUUUCCAUUUCAACUUGUCACUUAUGAGUUUGCCACUUAAAGGCUUUGCUGCUUAAUGAGAUCAAAAGUGUGUUUAACAAGAUCAAAGACGAGAAAAAAUAUGAAGUUUGAAGUGAAAAACAAUUGCAAAAAAGCUGCAUUGCACCCGAGAAUGCCAGAAAAUGAUGUCUAUCUAAUGAAUGUUUAUAGAUGUAAAACAUUAUUUACUACGUUGCAUCUUAGAGAACUUUUUUUUGCUUGGGCAUGUUGUUAUUUUGUCUCAUGGCAAUGCUGUAAGAGCUUUCGAGGAAAGCAUAUAGAGAAUUGUGAAGAAAUCCUGCGGUUGAACUCAGCUGAAUCCUGACGGAACAGUACUGGGAGUGGGCAGGAAAUGAUCAGUAUCUGAGAAGAGACCAUGGAGAGAAAUUGAUGACUCUGUACUGAAGUAAGAGCUAUACUCAGCAGAAUGUCCUCCAUUUGUGUUCCUUGUAAAAGUGCAUCAUAUUUGUAUCUCGUCUUUGUUUUCUGUACUCUAUGGAGUACUGAAGCACUCUAUGCUGAAAAUAUUAAAAGUUGAAUGAUUAUACAUUUCAGCAGGGCAAGGUAUCAGGAUCUGAAAUUGUGUAUAUUACUGUUUUGUUGCCAUCUUGUAAAGUUUGCCCUCCUAAAAAUGACAUAAAAAGGAACAAAAGGAACAAUGAAACAUACACCAUAUCAGCACUUCUACUAUGGAUCCUUGCUAAUGACAACAUGACUGUUUUAAUACUUAAUCUCACAAAAAUAAAGCAAGAUAAUUUUUUAAUAAUCUCUUUCGAAUAAAUAAUAUGUAAUUAUUUUCUUCCUUCAUCUCCAGUGAGUCUGGCCCAGCUGUAGUUAACA